UAAAAACCUUGUUCGAUAGCCAUAGGGUUAAUGGUAUUGAGUGAGCCUCAUUGCAAGAAAACACAGCUGAAGGCAGGUUUUUUCAGAUUCUCACACUUUCAUCACAUUCUUUUGUUGAUUUCACAUAAUGACUGUUGCGGAGAAAGAGCUUCAAGCAUUUCGUCUCAUCAGCCUGGAUGGAACACCAAUCUCAUCGUCGGACAUCAAGCACGUUGAGGCUCGCUUUGAUCAGAAAAGACAAGAGUACAUCCUCCUCUGGAAUGACAUUCUAUUCAUUCACAAGGAUGCAGUCCAUGUAGAAAACAAAGGAGAAAUUCUGCUAUUUCUCACCGAUGAUGGCUUUGAAUAUGUCAAACCACUUCGAAUCCGUGCAGCGCUUGAUGUCGUACUUGACAUUGUCAUUUCCUCUCAAACAGGUGUCAAGGCAGACGAGCCAGUUAUAUCAGAGGCAAAUGAUGCCAUCAUUCAGAACAGUCAAGGCGAGAUGUACUAUUAUGGCAAAGGCGUCCCACAAGAUUACUUAAAAGCCUUUGACUGGUAUCUCAAGGCAGCCAACCAAGGGUAUGCCAGCGCUCAGUACAAUUUAGGCUACAUGUACCUUAAGGGCAAAGGUGUUCCACACGACUACUCAACAGCCUUUAGCUGGUUCCUCAAGGCUGCCAAUCAAGGAGACGUUGAUGCUCAGAACGCUCUAGGCGACAUAUACUCUGAAGGCAAAGGUGUUCCACGCGACUACUCAACAGCCUUUAACUGGUAUCUCAAGGCUGCCAACCAAGGAGACGCUGAUGCUCAGAACGCUCUAGGCGACAUAUACUACUAUGCCAAUGGCGUCCCACAAGACUAUUCAAAGGCCAUUGACUGGUAUCUCAAGGCAGCCAACCAAGGAAAUGCUGAUGCUCAGUACACUCUAGGUGACAUGCACCAUAAUGGUGAUGGAGUUACACUCGACUAUUCAAAGGCUAUUGAUUGGUAUCUUAAAGCAGCCAACCAAGGCAAUGCUGAUGCUCAA